AAUCAAAUCCAUCUAAUCCCUCAAAUCUAAAACUCUACCCCACAAGAUGGUUGAAAGUAUCAUUUCGAGUUAACAGUCAACCAACAAACAACAAUCAAAUCAAUUCUUCUUUUGUGAAUCUCAAUAAAAAAACUAAUAAUCAAAAUGAAAGUUUUCGCUAUUGUCGCUCUUUUCGCUAUCCUUGCUGUUUCCGCUGCCAUGGCUGACCCAUGGAAGAAGGACAAUCACUGGGGUGGUCAUCAUCAACACGGAAAAGUUGGAUACAAAGUUGAUGUCCACCAUGGUGGUUGGGGAAAACACGACAAGGGAUGGACUGAACUUUACGAUUCUCGAGACAAAAGCACUGGAUGGAACUCACAUGGUCACGAUAACGGCUACGGUCAUGGUCAUGGUCACAAUAACGGAUGGAAAAACUAAUAACUUUUAACUCAAUCGGAUUAACUUAUUCAAAUUACUCAGCUAAUUUAUGUAUAAAAUAAUCAAAAAAUCAAUAUUUAAUUUAAAAAAAUGUCAAGUUUCAGCUCGAUUACUGCUAAUAAACUGAUCAUCUCGCAAAAAGAA